AUGGCAUCGACCCAAGGAGCGGACCAUCUCGCGAUUCUCGUUCACGGACUUUGGGGCAACCCUUCACAUCUCAACCACCUGCGAGAACGUCUUCGGCGGCAAUAUCCGGCCGACAAGCUGCACAUUCUCGUGGCCAAGAGCAAUGCCGACAAUCACACGUACGAUGGAAUCGAGGUGGGAGGCGAGAGGAUUGUGUAUGAAGUCGAGCAGGAAAUGGAAAGAUUAGAGGCCGAACAGGGCACCAGCAUCAAGAAGAUUAGCAUUACAGGAUACUCUCUGGGAGGAUUGGUGGCUCGUUAUGCCGUGGGCUUGAUGUACUCUUCUGGUCUGUUUGAUCGAAUUGAACCGGUCAACUUUACAACUUUCGCCACGCCUCAUCUGGGAGUCCGAACGCCCACAAACAGCUACCGAUCGUACAUGUUCAACUACAUGGGAGCUCGCACUCUCUCCACCUCGGGCCAGCAAAUGUUCCUCAUCGACACCUUUCGUGACACCGGCCGCCCGCUCCUCUCCAUCAUGGCCGAUCCCAACUCCAUCUUCAUCAAAGCUCUGAAGCAAUUUCGCAACAAAUGGAUCUAUGCCAACACCGUCAACGAUCGAAGCGUGCCCUACUACACCGCCAUGAUGUCCGCCACCGAUCCCUUUGUCUCCCUCUCUGCCAUCACUCCCCACUUCCUCAACCCACAACCCGAGCCCGGAAACGUCAUUCUCGACCCCGACCACUACGUCYCCCCCAAAAGAGGAGGUAUCCCUCCAAGCCAAUGGCACGGCGCAAUGACCACCCUUCGCACCCUCCCCGUCUAUUUCGUCCUCGCAGCACUCACCCCUUUGGCCGUCCCAGCUUUCAUGCUCAACGCCGCCUAUCAAACAUUCCGCUCCAACCAGCGACUACGCCACCACGAAUCGGGAAAGGCAUUCCAAUUGGAUCGAUAUCGCGUCAAACUGCUGGAAGAAGCACAGGCCGUACAAGAUCGCGUCGUACAAAACCUCGCCAACGAUGAGGCGGAAGCAUAUCUUCCCACUCCCCCUCCCGAGUCCUCUUCCUCCUCAUCAUCAAAAUCAUCAGAAUCAUCCAUUAACAAACCCACAAGCGAGGAGGAUGCAGAACUCCAACGCACGAAAUCGAGACAAGAAGGUGGCAGCAAGGACGACGAGGCAUCUCCCUUCCCGWCGCUGGCGUUGCAAAAGGAACAGUUUGAAAUGAUUGAGAAUUUGGAUCGAGUAGGUUUCGUCAAGUUUCCCGUGCAUAUCAUGAAGGUCCGACACACGCACGCCGCGAUUGUGGUGCGGAUACAAAAGGAGAGUUUUGAUGAGGGUAGGGUCGUCACUUCACAUUGGGUGGAGAGGUUUCAGUUGUGA